AUGGACGCGCCGGCGCGCGCGCGACGCCCGGGACGCGGACGCGGGCGCGGACGGCCGGGACGCGGACGCGGACGACGCGGCGGGACGACGAUCCCGCGGGACGACGCGCGCGAGACGCGCGAACGAAGGAAAAUCGUGAUACGAAACCUGCCGGCGACGCUCGCGCGAGAGGCGCUCGAGGAAGCGCUGCGGCGGGAUGGGUUCGGCGCGCUCGAUGAGACGUUCGAGUGGUGGGAGUACGCGAGGGGGAAGGCGCGAGGGGGGACGGGGGGGGCGACGACGACGACGACGAGACGCGCGACGACGCCGUCGAGGUUUUACGCGACGGUGCGGCGCGGGGAGACGGUGAAGGCGCUGCGAGAGAGGUACGAUGGGGCGACGUUUCGCGUGCGCGCGCGGGACGAGGAGGGACGGGCGAUCGAGGGCGGGGGGGGAGAGGAGACGCGCGCGCGCGUGGAGUACGCGCCGAGUCAGUGGACGCCGCGAGAGUUCGGCGAGCGAUACGCGACGGCGGGAGAGACCGCGCCGGCGGAGAACGCGUUGGAGGGAACGAUCGAGGAAGAUGAGGAUUAUUUGAAGUUUUUAGGCGCUCUGGAGGCGAAAAAGAAGGCGAACGGGGCGACGACGGGGGCGGCGACGCCGAAGAACGCGGAAUCGGCGCCUCGCAAAUCGACGGCGCUCCUCGAGUUUUUGUGGCGACAACGCGCGGCGGCGGAGCGCGAAAAGGGUGCGGGGAAAAAGUCGUCGAAGAAAUCUUCGAAAAAGUCCGGGAAGGCGUCGCAGUCUAAGACCGGCGCGAAGACGGCGGCUCCCGCGGCGCCCAAGACGGAAUCGAAGAAGAAGAAGAAGACCAAAACGCCGAAGCCGAAGCAAACGGCCGCGCCGAACCCGAGCGCGCGGGCGAACGAAUCGAAGAAGACGCCAGAGAUCAAGAUUAUUAAGCGCGCAUCGAUGCCCGUGCCGAAGGCGAUUAGUUAG